AUGGAGCUUCCCGGGUCUCGGUUAGAGUCUGCGUCAUUUCAUCAUGCCGCAUGUGAGCUGAACGUGCGUGUCAUCGGCAUCGAUCCCACGGGAGUCGGCCUGUCGUCCCCACAGCCGAAUCAGACGGAGCUGAUGGGGGUUGGCGUGGUGUCAGGCAUGGGUCCUUGGCGGUUGGGCACCGGGGGUGUGACUUUGAUUCUGCGACUUCUGCUCAAAUGUCUUGCUUAUGCGCCCUGGCUGGCUUAUAUCAUGCCGAAUAUCACCUUUAGCGACAUGGUCAAGGGCUCGGAUCCAGUCAAGAUGAGGGAGGUGGUGAUUGGUGCCACGAAGCGCAUGAAGCCCACUCAUCGGGAUUUCUGUGAGAGGCCUGCUUCUGCAGGCUUCGCUCGGAGAAAGUUUUCGACAUGGUGA